CAGGUAAGCAAUUUCAAAGAAGGAGGUGUUGCAAUAGGAAUAAGUUGUAGUCACAUGCUUGCUGAUCUAACUUGCUUAGCUUCAUUCAUCAAAUCAUGGACACUAGUUCACCGAAACUUACCCAUUACCAACCCUCCUUCCUUCACUCCACUCCCUUUUUCGCCGCCGUCGCCGCCGCCACUUUCAAACGGCCAUGCUAAGCUGCCACCGCCGCAGCAAGCAAAAGACAUGGCCAAAGCCACUUUCAAGUUUUCCAGUUCAACAAUGCAACAGUGCCUCUCCAAUGUCCAUCACAUUUGCCCCAAUGCCACCCCAUUUGAUUUUCUUUGUGCAUUGUUUUGGACUAGAAUCUCUCACUUGAAGCCAUUGAAAAACAAUGAUCAAACUCACUCUUUAUCCAUUUGCAUAGAUUUGAGAAAGAAGCUUCUUAAAGAACCAAUCCCUUUUGGUUACUUUGGAAAUGCUCUGCAUUUCACAAUGCUUUCUCUUAAAGGUGAAGAUUUUGGAAGUGUAGUUAGUGCAGUGAAUAGGCACUUGGUAGGGAUUGAAGAAGAAGAGAUACGGUGUGCCAUAGAACGGUUAGGAUCAUCGAAUCGUUGCAUGUAUGGGGAAGAAUUAACCUGUGUUUGCAUGGAAGCUCUGCCAUAUGAAGCAAAGUUUAGUGAUAAUGAGAAGCCGGUUCAUGUUUCAUGCCAUGUAGGGAAUGUGGCUGGGAAAGGUUUGAUCAUGGUGAUGCCUUCUUGUGAAGAAGGGCUUGCAAGAACUGUGACAGUUAUGCUGCCACAUGAAGAGCUUGCUGAAUUAAUCAAAGAUGAAGCUAUAUUGCAGUUGGAUCCAACUACUUUGCUUUCUGAUAUAUAAUAUAAUAAAGAUUUGGUUUAGAAACCAUAAAAUAUUUAAGGGCAGACAAUUUUAACCAUGAAAGAUCAAAUGUUUUUUUACAUCUUUUAUAGUUAGAAUUGUUGGUGCUCAAAUCUUUUAUGGUAAAAAAUGGUCAUUUAUUCUUUGGUUUAUGUAUAAAUUGCAAGAGUGGAGAUUUUUCCAUUAUUCUUUUGAUUCAGGUUUGAUCAUAUUGUAAUCUUUCUGGUGUUCAGAUAGUUUCAUUAAUUUAUGAACUCAAUAAGUGACGACAUGUCAAGCCGAUGCAAAACUUUUGAUCCCUCAAAUUCUGGUUGAAACUGACUUUAUUUAUGUAAUAGCAAUACAUUCAUGACA